AUGGUUGGGAUGGGUGUCUACGCUAUCGUCGUAAGGCACUUGGAUUUAUCAGGUAUAAAUAUCGGUAAACAUAUUGAUUGGUUCCAUCCAGUUAACAUGCUCUCUUCUUUGCGUACAUUAAACCUUGCAUGGUCUGAUAUCGAUAUCCCUUCCAUUAAAUCCGUCAACUUCACGUCUCUUAAUUCAUUAGACCUUUCUAUAAAUGGCAUCCGUUCCACCAUUCCUAUCUGGUUAUCAAACCUUACGGGCCUCAUGCAUCUUAACCUUUAUUCUAACGACUUCCAUGGUAAAAUUCCUGACUUUCUUGAAACGUUCAGCGCACUUGCAUCAAUCGACCUCUCGUCCAAUUCCUUUAAUACUUUGACGCCAGAUCUGUUAUGUAAUUUGAGCAGCCUCGUUCAUCUGCAGCUUUCAAGAAACAUGUUUUCUGGUCCUAUUCCUGCAAACCUUGGACUACUCUUGAGGAUAGAAGACUUGUAUCUUAAUAAUAACCAAUUGAGUGGGAACAUUCCCAUGAGUCUUGGCCAACUUUCAAAGCUAAAGAAUCUAGAUAUCUCCCAUAAUUCAUUGGUUGGGGUUCUUUCCGAAACUCACUUCACCAAGCUAAACAAUCUGAGUUAUCUGGCACUGACGUCGAACUCGCUAGCGUUAAAUUUCAGCUCACGAUGGAUUCCUCCCUUCCAACUGCAAAUGUUUUUUGCAAGUUCUUGCAACAUUGGACCCCACUUCCCAAACUGGCUUCAAACACAAACAAAUCUUCAGAGAUUAGAUCUUUCUAACUCGAGUAUUAGAGAUUCACUUCCAGAAUGGUUUGAGAAUAUAUUAUCUCGUAUUUCAGAAUUGGAUUUGUCCUAUAACCAGAUCAGUGGCAAGCUGCCACGGUUUCAUGGCAAUAGUAGUAACCAGAUCCUGAAGAUGAAUUCGAACAAAUUUGAGGGAUCACUAGCUACAUUUCCAUCAAAUGUAAGAUAUUUGGAUCUUUCAGAUAACUUAUUCUCUGGGCAUAUUCCUCAAACAGAUGGAACAAUGAACCCAAAUCUAGAAGUUGUUAAUCUCUCAAAAAACCGUUUCACAUGA